ACCACCCUGCUACUAUUAUUCAUUACACAGUCACAUUUUUAUUUGCAUAAUAAUUCUAUUUACGAAAAUGGCAACGGGAGCUAUCCGCCAGACCGAAGGAUCUCAGAACUCUCUCGAAAUUCACGAUCUCGCUAAAUUUGCCGUCGAUGAUCACAACACCAAACAGAACGCGCUCUUGCAAUUCAAGAAGGUAACCAACGUGAAGGAGCAAGUAGUUGCCGGUACCAUGUACCACAUAACGCUUGAGGCAGCCGACGGGGAGCACCACAAAGUGUACGAGGCCAAGGUUUGGGUGAAGCCAUGGAUGAACUUCAAGGAAGUGCAGGAGUUCAAGCACGUCGGUGAUGCUUGAAUUUGGCUUAUUUCCGAUCAGAUUAUGGCGGUAUUUAAAUAAAUAACUCGGAACUUUUGAGGCACGUUGAUCGUAGUUGAGGGGGAUACCUACCUCUCUUCCUCGAUGAUGAUUCUUGCUCCCUCUCGAGUUCAAUAAUGUUAGCUUAUCUGAUUUCGGCAAUUAAGGUUAUAUUUCUCUAACUUGAUAUAGUGUGGUGUAGUAUCAAGGGUAGUAAUUGUAAUAUGUACUGCUUACUGAUGGGAAUGGUGUUUAAUGUUAUAUAUAUAUAUAUAUAUAUAUAUAUAUAUAUAUAUAUAUAUGGCGGUUGCUUCUUCUUUGCUAGUUAUUGCCUUUUACGCAGAUGAUCUUGUGUUUUAUGAAUUGUGAAGAUAGCACUCUGUUUGCACGAUA